UUCCACUUCCUAUGCUCUAGUUAAACAAACAUCUACUUAUACUUGCACUUCCUAAAAACUUGCAAUUCCUAGGCAAUUGGAUGUCAACCAAACAAGGCCUAAUUUUGUACCUAUUAGUUUUCCCGGCAAAUUUCAACGGUCGAAUUCCCCCAAACAUUGAAACUUUACAUGGGUGUGAAUUCUGGUGCCUCAGCUCUGAACCGCUUCCUUAAAACCAACACCAUUGCUGAAAAACUUGUACCCACCAAGGCAAAUUCCGUUACCAACACAAUUCUCUCUCAUCUCGAAGCUGGCCGUCUCAAGAAAGCCGUGUCACUCCUCUUUGCCUCCCCAUUUCCCUUCCCUAUUCUUCUCUAUGGCCGCCUCUUCCAUCUUUGUUCCGCUAAUCGAGCAAUCGUUGAAGCUCGUAAAGUCGAGUCCCAUCUAAUCACCUACUUUGAUCCCCCACCCACGUUUUUCCUUAACCGUGCGAUCGAGACUUAUGGCAAAUGCCGGUGUUUGCGUGAUGCCCGUGAACUGUUCGAUGAAAUGCCUCACAGAGAUGGAGGUAGCUGGAAUGCCAUGAUCUCUGCGUAUGCGCAAGGAGGGUUGUCGAAUGAGACUUUAUCGCUCUUUUUGGAUAUGACUAGGUCUGAUUUUUCUCCCAGUGAUGUUACAUUUGCGAGUGUUCUUGGAUCUUGUGGGAGUUUGUUAGAGUUGUGUUUUUCGAGGGUUGUUCAUGGGUUAAUUUUGAAGCGAGGAUUUAGUGGUAAUGUGAUUUUAGCAAGUGCUCUGGUUGAUAUAUAUGGGAAGUGUGAUGAAAUGGAGGAUGCUCGGCGGAUGUUUGAUGAGAUUGAUCGUCCGAAUGCUGUUUCGUGGAAUGUGAUUGUAAGGAGAUAUCUGGAGGUGGGUGAAGAGAGACGGGCGAUUUCCAUGUUUUUUCAGACUAUUCGAGCAGGUGUGAAGCCAUUGAAAUUUACCUUCUCAAAUGCUCUUGUUGCUUGUUCUGCUAGGCAGGCUUUAUUAGAGGGAAUUCAGAUACAUGGUGUUGUGAUUAAAUGUGGUUAUGAAGAUGAUGUGAAAGUUGGUACCUCUCUAUUUGAUGUGUAUGUGAAAUGCAAUGAUGUCACGAAUGCCAGGAAGAUAUUUGAUCAACUUAAUGAUAAAGAUUUACUUUCUUGGACUUCUAUUUUAUCAGGAUAUGCUAUGGCAGGAAGACUUAAAGAAGCUCAAGAACUUUUUGAUAAAAUGCCUGAGCGAAGCAUCAUCUCUUGGAAUGCAAUGCUGGCAGGGUAUGUACGUUUUGGCCAAUUGGAGGAGGCCCUAAGUUUUAUUUACAUGAUGCGCCAGGUUGCUAAUGAUGCUGAUGUCGUAACUCUUAAGCUAGUCUUAAAUGUGUCUGCUUCACUCUCAGAUAUAGACUUAGGCAAAGAAGUUCAUGCUUACAUCUACCGGCAUAGUUAUGAGUCUGAUAUAUAUCUCAGUAAUGCACUGAUUGACAUGUAUGGAAAAUGUGGAGCCUUAAGAAAUGCUAAAUUUUGUUUUUAUAACAUGAGUGGUCGGAGAGACCCAACAUUGUGGAACUCCUUGAUGGCCUCCUUGGAGCGACAACAGAUGAAUGUUGAUGUCAUGACUAUGUUCCUUAAGAUGCAGAAGGAAACAACUCCAAAUGAAUAUACAUUUGCAACCAUUCUGAGAGCAUGUGCUAACAUAUCCGCAAUUAAGAAAGGAAAAGAAAUCCAUGGUUUUAUGAUCCGGAAUGGGUAUGAGAUAGAUGUUGUUGUCUUAGAUUCUAUGCUUGUCAUGUACUCAAAAUGUCGACAUAUUGAGUAUGCACUUAAAAUCUUCAAAGGUGCUAGUCCAAGAGAUGUGAUUCUUUGGAAUUUUAUGAUUACUGGGUGCUGUCACCAUUAUAAAGCAGACGAGGCUCUUGACUUGUUCGAUUUAAUGAAAGACAUAGGGGUUGAACCUGAUAGUGCUACCUUCCAGGCAGUUUUACAUGCUUGUAUAUGUGGGGGCUAUGUUGAUGAGGGUAAGCGAUAUUUUGAUGCUAUGAGCAAUGAGUAUCAUAUCAAUGCCAAAUUAGAGCAUUAUGAUUGUAUGAUUGACCUGUACACUAGACAUGGAGCGAUGAAUGAGCUCGAAAAUCUUUUGAAGACAUUGCCAUUUGAGCCAACCAUCUCCAUGUUGACAAGGGUAUAUGAUGCUUGUAUAAAAUAUCGCAAUUUGAGAUUGAGAAAGUGUACUGCUGAAAAGUUGAAUAAGCUAAACCCUACCAUAUUGAGUUAACUGACAAAGCCAAGCUGACCACCUGUUGGUCAUUGUUUCCCCCAUAACGACGAUGCAAGCAGGUUUUGCAGUGUAGCAGAAGUGAAUGAAGUGACCUUAUGUAGCCUGUUGCUUUUGGUGCAUUUUGUUGGAAGGGUAUGUGAAUCAACUUGCCACUGUUUAGCCAUACCUGUGAAUGAAACACAACCAAUGCAGAGCCAUGGAGAAUUGCUAAUUGGUAGUUGGCGCAAUGACUACCUGUGGUAUUUGCAUUCCUUGUAGGAGAAUAGGGAAUUAAGUG